AGGAGGCGGGACGUUUGGUUGGUACAGUAGCAGAAUUGGCCAACCGCCAGCGUGCAUCACUGUUGAGGCCACAGAGUCUACAGCUGCAAACAUGACCAUAUUGUGUCUGUAUUCACAACUACAGCUUUUAGUAUCUCCAUAGCUGCACUCUCAAAGGGAAAACAACAUUUUAGCAGUUACUGCUAUUGCUAGCUGCAACAUAAGGCGAAGAAGCUUUAAUGCACUGACAGCCUGAGAGGAACGGUAGGAGAAACCAUGGGCUCUGAUUAGGUUGGCUGUGUGUUGGAGGUUCACAGUGUGGAAAUAAUGUCGUGCAGCAACAGAGAGCUGGUGGAGUUCUUUAUAAGCUACAAACUUUCUCAGAGGAACUACCCAGCCUCUCUGCUGAGGCCAGAGGAUGCUGGUGGAAGGAGUGAGGGAGGCAAGGCCCACUCAUCUUGCAGUAACUGCUUGCUGGCCAACAGCAGGAACGGGGGUGGCCAGCCAGGGACGUCCUCAUCCCCGCAUGCUGCUGUAGAGGCUGUAAAGGAAGCUCUUCGGGACUCAGCAAAUGAGUUUGAACUGCUCUUCACGCAAGCGUUUAGUGACCUUUCCUCGCAGCUUGACAUCACUCCUGACACAGCCUACCACAGUUUUAAGAGUGUGAUGGACGAGGUGUUCAAAGAUGGAGUCAACUGGGGACGCAUAGUGGGUCUGUUUGCCUUUGGUGGUGUACUGUGUGUGGAAUGCGUUGAAAAGGAUAUGAGCGAGCUGGUUUCCCGCAUCGCAGACUGGAUGACCAUGUACCUGGAUGAGCACAUCAGUCCGUGGAUCCAGAGCCAAGGAGGAUGGGACUGCUUUGCUGAGGUUUUUGGGCGAGACGCCGCCGCAGAAGCGAGGAGAUCUCGGGAGACUCUGAGUAGGUGGCUACUAAUUGGAGUGGUGCUGCUAAUGGGAGUAGUGGUUGGCGUGCUCAUCACGAAGAAACAGUGAAGGUGCAGCAUCUCAUUCACCAUAGCACAACAUGUGUAUUGCCACGCCAACAAAAAUAAAACUAAAUAGUUAAUGUUUACAAAAAGCCCAGUCUGCUUGUGCACUGACAGAAAGUGGAUUGGCUAAAGCAGUGUGUGGGAGUAUCUAUAAUAUGUAGCUUGGUGAGCUGUUACACCUCUCGCUUUGUUGUGUGUCUUUUAAUUUUUUUUAACACAAAGCAGAGAUUUUCUGUUGUUAAAGGGUGUCACUCUCCAGACUGGAAUGCUUUAAAUGAACCUGAUAACUAAGAGACAGUGGCACUGAUUCAGCUGGUGUGAUGAGACUGCUAAUUGUCAUUACCCAAGGACCAAUUUUCAUUACAAACUGACAGCUGACAGAAAAUAUAAGUUAUAUUUUCUUUUCACUGUGUAAUGCUCAGCUCCUUUUGUUUGCUGUCCUGAAGUUUUAGGCAUGCUUCAAAAAAUAAAUAUAUAUUUAUGUUU